GACGGGCGCGGCGCUCCUCGUGGUGGGCACCUGCGCCGGCGUGCCCGAGGGAGCUUUACGCCCCUGGCUGCACCUCCCUGGCGCGGGCGACGUGGUCGUCUUGCCCGCGGAGCCGGCGGCCUUGGGGGAACUCGCGGCCCCGCCGCUGGGACGUGACCAGAGCGUGGAGGUGUUGUCGUGCGUUCCCUCCGAGGACCUGGAGGGCGAGGUCCGCGCCUUCGCGGGGCGCCUCGGCUGGGGCCACCGCUCCGUGGUCGGCGCGGCGUCGCAGUGCCUCGGGUUCUUCCAGGAGGCCAGCAGGGCCCUGCCAGGGGCGAGCGUCGCCGUGCUCCUGUCGCCGCUGCUGCUCUGGGGCCCCACGGCGGGCGCGGCGCUGGUGCACGGCGUGGACGUGCUCUUGGGGAGUCCCCCUCCCGUGCGAGUGCUCGGCUUCCCGACCGUUGACGAGGAGUCCAGGUGGCGUUGGGGCCUGAGGCGGGUCAGGCACCAGUAUUGGAAGCUUGUGUAUCGAAGACGCCUACGGCGGCAGCAGCGGCCCAGGCGUCGCCGUGCCAGUCGGGCAGCGCUGGCUCGGGGACCCGCGCGUUCCGCCGGGCCCCAGAUCUGCAGAGGCUGCUGGAGGGGAUCUCUGCAGAUCCCGACAACCCGUACAACUGGCUCGUCGAGCUGGACCUGA